AUGAUUGUUGAAGCAAGGGAGACACUUUUGCAGAAGUUGCUAAACAAGAAGAACGCAGUGAUGAAAGCCUCUGAGAACUCUGAGGCUGUUAAUACGUUUCCAGAUGGUGGUAUAAUUAAUAGCACACAAGAAGAUGAGUGCCCAUCUCAGCAAAAGGAUGUUUUAGCUGAGGUUGUCAAUGCGUUACAGGAGACAGAGAUUGAUGACCAUGGGAAAACUGAGCAGUGGUCAGAAGAGGAAGAUGUUGAACUUGCCCAUCGCUAG